CGCUGUUCCCCCUCCGCAUCCCGCGGGAAUUUCCCCCUCGGAGCGUCCGUGCCCUGCCCGGCCCGGCCCGGCCCUGUCCCGGCGCUCUGGCCGCGAUGCGCGGGAGCCCAGCCCGGGCCGGAAGGGUUUGCGGAGCGGCCGGUGGGAACCUGCAGAGGGGCACGGAGCGUGUCUGGGAACGCUUCCAGACGGGGGGAAAUCUCCUCCCUGGCACGGGCUGAAGCAGCGCCGUGGUGACAAGUGCCCCAUCGAGGGGAGUGCCGGUGGCAAGAGUGAGGGGGAGUGUGUUUGCGUGUAUUAUAAAGGCACUCGUACGAUGCUUGGCAAUUUGAGGAUCUCUGGCAUAUUUUAGACCAUGGAGUUGAUUAAAAACAUUUUAAAGUUGCCCUGCCAUUAUUUCGACCUGGAAAGCGGAGGAACAUGCUUAGGAUGCCUAGCAGGCUAUGGCAGGGACUGCCUGUUGUGCCAUCCUGUGUUGGACUGCAUCCUUGCUGCUGGAGAGCAGGCUCUCCCAGAACCAGCAUAAUUCCAUGGGAACCAGGAGCCGCGGGAAGCAGUUGGAGAAAUGUGUGACCGAAGGACGCGAGCAGUUUGUCUGCCCCUUUCAGUGGAACCUUCCACCAAAGGAGGACAGGCGCCUCCAGAAGAACAUGUUUCCAGAUGCAGGCCUGGCCUGCAGGAGGUGCAUUAUGCAUGAAGUGCUGACAGUCUGGCAGGAAACAAAUGAAUAUUUUCUGGGAUGCUUCAUUCAGGGCCAGAGAAGACACUGUAACCUGAAGGUCAACAAUCAACAAUGAUGGAAGACAUUCAUCCCUACCCUUAAAUAUGGCCUAAAUCAGGAAGAAUUACAGUUUAUUUUCUUUGUACCUUGCUUUUGUAGGGUAUUCUGAUGUAGUGUGUUUCUGUGAAGCUUGAAGGGUGUGUGUCUUGACAGGAUGGGGUGACAGUUGUUUUAUUGUUGUUCUAAAAGCCUAACUGAAUGUAACAGAGCAUAGGUCUCACAUCUUCAGCAGAGUCCAGAAUGGUUGGAGUCUAGAACUGAAUCCUUUCCUGUAAAUUGUAAACUUAUAUUUAUUUCUUGCAAAAAUACUUGGAUUUAGAGUAUUGCACCACAUAAGUAUUGAAAGAAAUGCUUCCACUGCUACUGCUCUUGCAUUCUUCAAUUACAGUGAUUAAAACACA